AAAACGUCGCGGUAUGACCUCAGGCAGCAGGAUGAUGUUUGCGCUACAUCGUCUUACUACAUUAUCUGCUUUCGGUGGAUGUUUUCAAGCUUUUGAUGGAGCCAGAAGUUUAUCGUUAGGAAUCCAAAACUCAAGCAAGAUCAAUUCUGUUAAGAGUUAUCUGAAAAAUAUUGAGAAAAACGAAAUGAUACUUAGUAUCGAAAAGAAAGAAUAUGAAAAUGGCAGAAAGUUCCUUGCUCAAAUUAUGGGUUAUGACCCUGUCCAUUUCACACCUGAGCAGGUCAAUGAGGCUAUUGAGUAUCUGCUUCCGUCCUCGUUGUAUGCUAAACGUGCACGUCCUGUCUUUAAAGAACCACACCUAGUGUUUCCACCGCAAAAGCAAUUGCAGUGUGAUGUAAAUGGCAGACCACUUAAUAGCUACUUUUACACGACACACCAAAACUUCCACAAAAUCAUGAACGAAGCGAUUUACAAACUGGAAGAAAUAAAACUUCACUCCGAUCAGUCUUAUUUUAACAGGACGACUGUUAAACCCACAUUGAAAGAAGUACAUUAUGCGACGUCAAGCGACUUUAUGACGAAAAUAAAUCUCAUAAAAAUGAUUAACGAAACCAUAUCGGAUGCACAGUAUAAACAGUGGUUAGUUUUAAUGAAGCGUUUAUCAGAACACCCAUUGUCGUAUUUGGUGGAAGAAUUUAUUCAGAAUUACAAAGCCCAAAUAUGCGGUCCUACUUCAGAAAUUAAACUUCCCGAGCCAUUUAUGGACUCAGUAACAAACAGAAAAUGUGUCCAAGCAUUCGGUCAAAAGAAAAACUCGCUUGCUGAAGUAACACUAUACAUGCCUGGCACUGGUGACUUCACUGUAAACGGAGCACGACUUCUAGAAAUAUUUCCUGAGCUUGGAAAUCGAGAACAAAUAGUAUUCCCUUUACAGCAAACAAGCAAGUUUUUAAAUAUUUUACUUUGGAUUGCGUUUUUGAAAAUCCAAGUGUUAUAUAAUAGAAUUAUUUAGGGAAAAAAAUCCAGUUUCUCUAACUACUUGCAGCCUUGGUACAGCCAAGAGUGGAGAAAUACCGCUCCUCUUUAAAAGCUCUCAUAUGGCCGCGUGUAUAAAGUCUCCACUAGGGAAUUCUCACUAACUGGCGUCUCGCAGCAGGGUGUCGCCUAAUUAACUGAGAGGAUGAACAGCCAGAGUCUGGUGCUUAAACCGGGCUAGUGGGUACGGAGUAUUCAAAUUAGGACGGUUAGGAAUCCUUGAUUACAAAACAAUAGUGCACUUAAGCUCUAGGAUUCUGAGAGAUCAAAUGGCGUAUGAACCUAUUGUUGGUGACCAGCUACCACGUUACUGCAUCUCAUAACGUUGUUAUGUUGUCUGGUGGAUUAGACUUCUAGGUCAAGGAUUUGGGGACAGGCUCCCUAAGAAAACCAUGUGCUACAGUUUGAGCAAACGGACAGUAUCAUAACUCACACACAAAUUAAAUGGUAAUCAAAACCGAAAAAAUAUCGCAUCCCCAAAUUAUAUUCACAAUUAUUUGGUAACAGUCGUUUCCACUCGACAUUGUGUCGCUUUUCUGUUUUCUUUUGUUCCCAUUUUGUGCAGUCAAAUACAACAUAGGACCAGGCGCAUAUAUGUAUCGGUACAAGUUGCCACAUCUCAUUAGCACAACAAGAUGAACACCAAAUUCAUAAAAGCAGAUACUUCACUGGUAGUAGUGUAUAAAAUAGAUUGUUUAUUAGGAUAUAGCACAGGAAGAAAGAAUUAGUCGGUAGAAAGUAAGGUAUAAAGCAAUUUUAAUCUCACGGUUUGAGGGAAGACGAAGAGUGUAUACGCCGACGCCAUUGUGACCGAUUCUGAGCCAUGUCACCCAGAGUCUCCAACCAUUGGUUACGACAGUCACGCGAACACCAACCAAGUAGUCUGCAUCUACCAACACGGCUCAGACCAGUAGUGAAUUCAAACACGGAUGACACGUUUUGGUUUGGCCACCCCUAACUUUCUUCCAACCAUUCCCAUCACUGGCCAGCAUUGCGCGUCGUGGUAAACGGUGUUCGGGCAUACGUAACGCGUGGCCCAGCCAUCUCAGUCAAUGAAGAUUUACAAUCUCAUCAACUUACGAGUUUAACUGGUUCGCUCUCUACGAGUCCCAGUGAAAUGUUUGGUGACAUUUGAGGUUAAGAAGCACAAAUCUCUAUCCUUCUAUGUGAACUAAUGUGAUCAGAAGUCGAGCUAAAACCAAGUCAAUUUAUAAUUCCCAACCACUUCUCUUCAAAUCUUGGAAAGUAGACGAUCAAGCAGUACAAUCAUUUGGAUAUAUACUUAUUACUCUCAGUUGACAAUCGUCUAAUGAGACUAUUUCUAUAUGCUUUUAUUUUGACGCCAAUCCGAGCUCAAACACAAAGUAGUGUAUUACUACUACCACAGAGCAAAUACAUUUAUCACAUAGCUUUUUAAAAUUUAUUCCAAAAACUACACAGUUUACGGUAAAUAAAAAAAACAAGACAAUAAAAUAAAACAAAUCUACUCCUAAAUUUAAUGGUAAAGUAGCAGUCGGCUUUAAGCAACUCAACACAUAAGAAUUAUCAAAGGCGAAAUUCCCUAAUGGACCAACGAAAGUGGACUGAAAUUGUUAAAAAAAACCCUGAGUUUCAUGCUACGGGUUUUCUUCACAAAGCUCAACUUAGGAGAUAUGACUGUCUGCAGAAUACAUCGAAUCCAUUGUUUUCUCUUCAGUUAUGACCAAGCUAAUAAUUUUAAUUACUAACAUUUAUUAUUAUAUUGUUCAAUUUGAAGAAAUGAACUGUGGUGGCGUGAAAGUAGUUGAGGAUGAUAGACCUAAAUUACUGAGAACAAUUACCGCUUAGUAUAAUGCACGUUUUGACCUUGUCACUUAUUGGCCUAUUUACUCUGACCUUUCAAAUGAGCGAUGUAUAUGCACAUCUUAGCCUACUCAUCACAUGUCUGUAGCUUUAAUCUGGCUAUAAAUAUUGAUUUACGUUUGAUUAAAUCGAGUUGACUCCCUUGCCUUCUCCGAUUUGCUUUAGUUAAACGAGUAGCCCCUCCAUCCUUCCGAUAUACAUGCAACAUGAUAUAUGCAUGUUUGUCUGUUUCCGUUUAUGUAACUGGUUAGUACUGUGUGAAAUGAAAUCAGUUUCGCAGCGGAAAUAUACCUUUCAGGCUGUCUGAUUAAUUUUACUUAUGAUUUGAUCACCUUUCAAUCACAACCGAACAAAAAUUGUCUUUUCGCGUUUGUAAGUUUCCGUCUUAUUUUAGUACUGUUUUCUGUGCAGGCAAUUAUUUAUUUCCAUAUGUUUCUUUUUGGGUUUUUCAAGUGAAAACAACUUGGGUUUGGUAAAACGUUUCCCCUAACCCAUACUUAUGGUUAAUAGAGCAAAGGCUGUGUAAUUUCAGGCACUGGUCACUCCAAUUUUCUCUGCGACACAAAUAAGUACCUGUGGAAUGUCCCAUCAUCUGAUUGAGGGAUACUUUAACUAAGGAAAUGGGAUACAUCUGUUUCAUAUUCCAUUGUAAAUUCAAUAUAAAGAUGGACUUUAUUGAAGGCUUCGAAUAUGUCAUUUGAUGGAUUUAUAUUGCUGCACAAGUGUCAUUAACAUAUCUAACAUAAAAUGAAAUCUCAUUGAUAACAGUUAACGAUUUUGUCUUUUCCAAAUCUGCCACGAAUCAUUCAGCAAGGGUCGUGAUCCCAAAGGACUUCCCAUAGCUUGCUUGUCGAUAUAAUUUAUUGUUGGAUUAAAACUGUGCACAGUUUGGGCUGUAAUUGUGGUGUGGAUAUACCUUAUGAAUAUUGGCUAGUAGUGUAAGUUAUCUACUCCAAAAGGAUACUGAUAAACAAUUAAUGUACAACUUAUGAGACCAUAAGUUUAUUUGAUCUCGUACUUCUGCAAAUUCAAGUUUCCAAUAAACUUCAUACAGCCAACUCUUCACAAACUGGUUUUAGUUUGUUAGCUAACCAUUGUCCUAGUUUAUGGCAGAGAAAACUAAUGACCGAGAUCAAUUUCAUCUUUAACUUCUUUCACACUACGAACAACUAGAUUGUUAUUGACACUCAAUUUUUUCAAAUUGAACAAUAUUUUAAUAAUUGGAAAUAACUAACAUUCUUAGCUUGGACGUAACUGAACAGAAAGCAACGAAUUCGUCGUAUUUCGUAAAUAUUUUUGUUAUAACGCUCGGUUUUACUUCACCUACACAUAUGGGACGUUAAUUUACCUUAGACGAAUAUCUACACUAGAUCCCCUUCCAGUGUCUAUUCUACAGGACUUCAACACAACUCAGAUCAAGAACACGUGCUUAGCCUGA